AUGAACACUGCUGGUCAGCUCUGUCUGUCUGUGCUGUCGUCCCUUCUCGCACUGGCCUGGGGUGUGGAGCCGCUGGGCCAGGCUGCCCCCUGCUCCUCUCUGGUGGCGGGGGUCCUGUACGGCUCCUUCUCGCUCAGGGAUCUCUUUCCAAGUCCCCUGGCCCUUGCCUCUGGCUGCUCUUGGACAGUGGAGAACCCUGACCCCACAAAGUACACUCUCUAUUUCCGUUUCAAUCACCACGCCGGGGCUUGUUUGGCCUUCUCCCCGUUAGUGCUCCCGUUGGACCACUACCUCGCCAAUCAAACCUGUGGCCCCCCGGAGCAACUGCCGGACCCCGAGGCUGUGGAGCUGUGCCAGGAGCCUAGCCCUCACACUUUCCUCCAAUUCGACAAGAACUUUGUGCAGUUGUGCCUCACCACCCAUCCUCCCUUCGACCCAGAGGUUUCUGACGAAGGGGUAGAGGCCCGGACGAUCUCCGCGGAAACACUGAAUUUUCGGCUGGUGGAGGUUCUGCUGAUCAACAACGAGAAUUCCAGCCAGUUCACAUGCAGCAUACUGUGUCGAUGGUUUGAGGAGUGCUUGCGUUCGGGUCGGGACACGGAGGGAUGCAGUAUUACUCAAACGGGCUGUGUUUGUCCUAAUGCUGGUCCUCCAGUACCCUUGCUACCAGCCACCCCACACAAUGGAUCGCUCUACCCUGGCUCCAGCGUGCUGCUUGCCCCGCCCGAUGAUUGCUGUGUGACUCAGCUGCAUUCCAAAAAUGCCAUCGCUGUAGCGCCCAGGGAGGUCCGGCAAGACCCUGACGACGAUGACGACGAGUACAGGGUAAAGACCCAGAGGCCAAGGUCAGCUGACCAGCCGGGCGUUUUUCAGGCCCAGACAGGUGAUCCAGCUGCAGAGGAGUGGUCUCAGUGGAGUGUGUGUUCUCUGACAUGUGGGCAAGGCUGGCAGGUACGAACUCGUUCCUGCGUGUCCUCUCCGUAUGGUACGCUGUGCAGUGGCCCACUGAGGGAGACACGCCUCUGCAACAACACUGCCACCUGCCCAGGUGAGCCACAGCACCAAGCAGUGCAUGGGCUGUGGGAGGAGUGGUCUCCAUGGAGCCUGUGUUCUGUCACAUGUGGGCGUGGCUCUCGGACCCGGACCAGGAGCUGCAUGGCCCCUCAGCAUGGAGGAAAGGGCUGUGGAGGGCCCGAGGUUCAAACCAAACUCUGCAAUAUAGCGGUGUGCCCUGUGGAGGGGCAGUGGUUGGACUGGGCUCCAUGGGGGCGCUGUUCUGUGUCGUGUGGCAUCGGGACACAGCAGAGGCAGAGGAGGUGCAGUGUGUCUGUGCACGGCUGGGCUGAAUGCAAAGGACCACAUGCCGAGACACGAGAGUGCACAAACCCAGCCUGCGGGGGCGGGGGAAACUGGGGUGCCUGGAACCACUGGAGUCUUUGCUCUAAGACGUGUGAUUCAGGAUGGCAGCGUCGUUUCCGGAUGUGUGAAGGCACUGGUAUCCAAGGUUACCCCUGUGACGGCUCUGGGGAGGAGGUGCGCUCCUGCAAUGACAAGAAGUGCCCAGCCGCUCAUGAGAUUUGCAGAGAUGAGUAUCAGGUCUCCAUGACAUGGAAGAGAGCGUCUGCUGGAGAGACCAUCUACAACAAAUGUCCAUCAAACGCCACUGGAUCUGCUAGUCGUCGUUGUUUACUGGACGUUAAUGGUGUUGCUUACUGGGGUCCUCCGAGCUUCGCCCGAUGCGUCUCACUUGAAUAUAGAUAUUUACAUUUAUCUUUACGAGAGCAUCUUGCGAAGGGUCAGAGGACCCUGGCAGGGGAGGGCAUGUCUCAGAUCGUGAGGAAUCUCCUGGAGUUAAUGUCCCGUCAGAGCUAUUACAGCGGUGACCUGUUAUUCUCUGUGGAGAUUCUCCGAAAUGUGACGGACACCUUCAAGCGAGCAACCUACAUCCCAGCUCCCGACGACGUGCAGAAAUUCUUCCAGAUUGUCAGCUUGAUGUUGGACAUAGAAAACCUUGAGAAAUGGGAAGACGCUCACCAGGUCUCUCCGGGUUCUGUGCUGCUUAUGCGGGUGGUUGAAGAUUUCAUCCACCUCAUCGGAGAAGCCCAGAAGCCUUUUCAGAGUUUUCUGGUUGUCACCAACAACUUAAUCAUUACCAUCCAGCGAGAACCAGUCUCGGCCGUCUCCAGUGACAUUAACUUCCCCAUGAAGGGAAGGAGGGGGAUGAAGGACUGGGCGCGUUCUGCGGAGGACAAACUCUUCAUCCCCAAAGAGGUCUUCACCUUGUCCUCAGAAGGUAAGCAUGACGAAUCAGACGAAACUUCUUACUUUGUCAUUGGAGCAAUCCUCUAUCGUACCCUUGGGCUCAUUCUACCAGCGCCAAAAAGUCCAUUGGUGAUCAGCUCUAAGAUUCUAACAGUGACCGUGCGUCCUUUGCCCAAACCCAGUGAGCCAAUGAUAGUGGUGGAGCUAGCCCCUCUGCUCAAUGGCACGUCAGAUCCCCAGUGUGUCGUCUGGGACAACAGCAACCCAGAGGCUGACGAAGACGAAAACUGGGACACAGAGGGUUGCCAAACACUUCCAUCCCCGGCACUUCACACCAAAUGUCUCUGCAGCAAGAUCUCCACCUUUGCAGUGUUAGCGCAGAAAGCUAAAGACCCGGACAUGGGACCCUCCAGUUUGCCAUCUGUGCCCCUCAUGGUGGGCUGUGGGGUGUCCUGUACAGCUCUGUUGAUUCUGCUGCUCAUCUAUGCUGCCUUCUGGAGGUACAUUCGUUCAGAGAGGUCCAUCAUCCUUGUGAAUUUCUGCCUCUCUAUAUUGGCCUCUAAUGUGCUCAUACUGGUGGGACAGUCUCAGACGCUCAGUAAGGGUCUGUGCACUAUGACGGCUGCCUUUCUGCACUUCUUCUUUCUGGCCUCUUUCUGUUGGGUGCUGACAGAGGCGUGGCAAUCCUACUUGGCAGUGAUUGGCAAGAUGAGAACCCGCCUCAUUCGAAAGCGUUUCCUGUGCCUGGGCUGGGGUCUUCCAGCUCUUGUUGUUGCUGUGUCUGUAGGAUUCACCAGGGCCAGAGGUUAUGGUACACCGAGCUAUUGCUGGUUGUCCCUAGAGGGGGGGCUCCUCUAUGCAUUUGUUGGGCCAGCUGCUGUCAUUGUACUGGUGAACAUGCUGAUUGGAAUUGUGGUCUUCAACAAACUCAUGUCUAGAGAUGGGAUUUCAGACAAGUCCAAAAAGCAGAGAGCAGGUACACCGCUGGAGGCACGUAGCAGACUGCUCCUCAAAUGCUCCAAGUGUGGGGUGAUCUCCAGUACGGCUCUGUCCAGCUCCACCGCCAGCAGCGCCAUGGCGUCUCUAUGGAGCUCGUGUGUAGUACUCCCCCUGCUGGCGCUCACAUGGAUGUCAGCGGUGCUGGCCAUCACAGACCGCCGCUCCACCCUCUUUCAGGUGCUCUUCGCCGUCUUUGAUUCCGUCCAGGGCUUCGUCAUCAUCACCGUCCACUGUGCCAUGCGACGAGAGGUCCAGGAUGCUGUCCGCUGUCGGAUGGGCGGCUGUAAGGACGACAGUGAGAAUUCGCCAGACUCUUGCAAGAAUGGCCAGGUGCAGAUCAUGACUGACUUUGAAAAAGAUGUGGACCUGGCUUGUCAAACGGAGAGAGGACAUCCAUUCAUAUUUAAGGAGGUCAACACCUGCAACCCCGCCACCAUCACCGGCACUCUGUCACGCAUCUCCCUGGACGACGAGGACGACCCCAAGCUUGCUGCCCACCAGGAAGGGGUCAACUUCAGUAGUCUCCCAGGCAACAUCCCACCGCCCAACCUGCUGGUGCAGGUGCCUCCUCUGGGCCCCUUAAACGAGCUCAGCGAACAACCCCUGAAGAAGGAGGUGAACGUGGAACAACAGGGCCAGCGACCGAGGGCGGCACCCGUUUACCUGUGUACCGAGAGCGGACUGGGCUGGGCCCGGCCACCCCAACCCUCCACCCAGGAACCUUCUGGAGGCCCCGGCGGAGGCGGGGAAGGGGACUACAUGGUGCUGCCGCGCCGGACGGUCAGCCUCAAGCCUCCACCGCCCCCUCAGGACGAGGGAAAGCCUCUGAACAUCGCCGUGGACGACCCGCCUUUCCCGCCUCCCCCGUCACCCAUGACCCUCCACCCGGCCGAGAGCGAGGCCUACCCAGCCGACUUUGCGGCCGUGGAUCACAUUAGCAUGAACCUGAACCGAUCCUACAGCACGCUCAAACAGCUGCCCGCCCACCCCCACCCCCACGUCAACACCCACACCUUGCAGGUGAAGCAGCAGAGGCCGUCCGUCAGACAGAUCCUCACCUCAGGCACGGUGGAGAGGACCAGAACCUUGCCCCGGAACCUGGGCAGCACCAACACCAGCCUCUCCGCGGGCUCCCUGGAAAGGAAAAGAGUACGGUACUCUGAGCUGGACUUUGAGAAAGUGAUGCACACUCGCAAAAGGCACUCAGAGCUCUACCAUGAACUCAACCACUCAACCAAGUUCCACACCAUAGACAGGUAUAACAGGGAUCCUGCCAUGUCCACAUUCAAGAGGGAAAAGCGAUGGAGCAUUUCGUCUGCCGGAGGUGAAAAGAACUCUUCGAGUGAUAAAUCCACUCCAGACGAUCAGCGCUCCUGGGACAGCUUCAAGACCAUGACUCCAGAACCUUCUUGUGGCUCCACUGAGCAGAAGGACAGGCUGGAGCUACACACAAAGACCUGGGACUCCUCCUCUGCCAACACACCUGACACAUCCGAGGGAGACUUCCAGACCGAAGUGUGACGACAACGCGUUCAGAAACACUCACACGCGCAGAUACAAAACAAUCGCAUCCGCUCACAUGCAACAAAUGAUCUUCACCGAGACUUGUUCUAAUG